AUCCGAAAACAAAACAAAUAACCUCACACAUACUAAUAUAUAAACUCUAAGUUAAUGGGUACUAAUGUGUUUGGCAAGCCUGUGACAAAGGGGAAUAGGAUGGAGAGGGCACUUGAGGCUUUAAACAAUCCGAACGCAGAUGGCAAGCGCAAUCAAGCGCUUGCCUAUGUGAGGCAAAUGAAAAGAAACUGGGGGAAUGGAGUUUCCACACUAGGUAUCUUUUAUAAUGCUACUGGUGAAGCCAUGAUUUUUACUCAAGAGAACUCCUGGUACGGAAGAAUCUAUAGUUCGUAUCCCAUGAGGGUUCAGAAUGGGCAGUGGGGUGCGUUUUUUCAUGUCAAUCGUGGGUGUAGCUUCUGGCUCUGUUGGAUUUGUGGUGUAUCGUGUUAGGGUUGACGAUACAAAAUUCUGCAACCAGCUAAUUUCUUGGUCGACCCCUUGGAGACAAUCGAGAUAUAACAACCAAGCCUACUGUAACAUCUUUGAUAAUGGAAAGGUUGAUGCAGCUUAUGAGGUCUACCAAAAAAUGGAUGCCAUUGAUAGUCGACAAGAUGUUGUUACAAAGAAAGGAAUGAUGAUAGCAACAAAAAUUGAAUUGGGCACUUCUCCUAUAUACGAAGCCGAAUUCAGUCGUGAGGGGUGUUAAAUGGGUCAUGUUCAUGUUUGGCAGGUCAAAUCUGACAUGGAGUGGAACAUUAGACAUAAAUUAAGUCACUUCUCUCUUAUAGUUUUGACAUAAAAACUCAAAUCACUUAAUAACAUUUUAAAAAAUUAUGAAA